AUAGAAUUCAAGCUAAAGAUAUGCCUGCACAUUAUCAGAAUCUUCCUAUAUUAUAUGAUCAUUAUACUUCAGAAAGCUGGGUAGAAAGAAAGAAAGAACAGUUAUGGAGACGAUUAAAUAGUGUAAUAUAG